AUGUCCAUUUUUCUUCGAGCCAAUCAAGCAAUAGAAGAAUUAAAGUCAACUUCGAAUAGCCCUGUCGGUGUUGUUGCUGGGCCGUGGAAUCUGUCUACCUGGGUUCCUCCUCUGGGGAUUGGUUUGAAAAUCAAUUGUGAUGUGACUGUCAAGAAAAAUUCUACUCAUGGUGCAAUCGUUGUUCUAUUGCGAAAUUCUCAUGGAAAUCUCAUUGAUGGAAUAGCCAAGUUUGUGACUAUUUCAUCUAUUCUACAAGGUGAAGCUUUUGCUAUUUUUGUGGAUUAUAAGCUUCAACCAGGAACCAGUCUGGAGGCGGAGUUGUGGGCAGUCUACAAGGGUUUGAUAGUGGUUCUACAGCAAGGUUUAAAUGGAGUGAUCAUAGAGACAGAUGCAGCUCAGGUGGUGCAACUACUGCAGGAAGAGGUAGGAGACAAAUGCCUUUUCAGGCAUCUAGUGGAGGAUUCAAAAAUCUUACUUAAAGGAUGCAACUGCACUGUCCAACAUGUUUGGAAGGAAGCAAAUCUGUGUGCUGAUGCUCUUGCCAAGCUUAGAGCAGCUCAACCGGAGGACAUGCUGGUGGUGAAAGAACCCCCAGUUGAGAUUAGAAGUUUGCUUGUUGAUGAUAUGCUAUGA